AUGGCACCCGCUCUCCCACCAUCUGCCGACUACGUGAUAGUAGGUGGAGGCACCUCCGGCCUGGUGCUUGCAUCCCGACUGUCAGAAGACCCAACCGCUAGCAUCGUGGUGGUUGAAAGUGGCCCUGAUCAAACGACCAACCCGGAAGUCCGCGACCCGCUUGUUUGGCGAGCACUUAGUGGAUCGGAUCUGGACUGGAAACCCCGGACUAUUCCACAGGAAGGUCUGAACAAUCGGACGCUGGACCAUCCGGCCGGGAGAGUGCUCGGCGGAUCCUCUACGAUCAACGGAUUAGUACUGACACCGCCAUCGCCGGCGGGAAUGGACGCCUGGGCGAAACUUGGGAAUCCGGAUUGGACUUGGGAGGUCUUCAAGCCGUAUCUGCAAAAGUCGUGCACAUUCCCGGGGAAGGCAGCUGAAGGGGUAAUCAAAACUAUGGAGCCGACGUUGGUGGACGGUGUGAAUAAUACCCUCGCGCAGGCCUGGAUUGAUGCCCAUGCGGAAGAAGGCUACGAGCAAGCCACAGAUUUUGAAGGCGAGCAGCAGACGAUUGGCGUGAGGCCCUUUAUAGCCACGAUCGACCCUGUCACCGGGAUGCGUAGCAGUGCCGAUAACACGUAUGGCGCUGUCGCGGGCGCUCGUCCAAACGUGACCAUCGCUACUGAAGCUACUGUAAGGAGAAUAUUGUUCUCUGAAAGUGGAGCUAUCACUGCAUCUGGAGUUGAGGUCGACUGGAAGGGAUCAACUGUGAUAGUUGGGGCAUUGAAAGAAGUUAUCCUCGCAGCUGGCGCCUUUCAUACCCCGAAACUCCUCGAAUUGUCCGGUGUGGGUGACAAGGAAAGACUGCGAUCACUGGGGAUCCCAGUGGUCUUGCAUAGUCCAGGUGUAGGCGAGAGCUUCCAAAAUCACACAAUGGGGAUAAUACCAGUGCCGUUAAAGGACAAUCCUGACCUUGCGAAUGUGAAACCAGGAAUACAGGCACUGGCAUUUAGACAACUGGAUUCGGACGAUAUAGCUGAGGUGCUCAAUCAGAAGCAGGAAUGGAAUGGCCAUGAGGACAUCAUCAAAACACUGCUCCAAUCGCCCAAGGAGGCUUCCGCAUAUAGCCUUAUCGGCAUGAUGCAAAACCUCGCCAUCGUGGUGGUGAUGCUCACCUUUCCUUUCUCCCGAGGCAGUGUUCACAUCUCAUCUGCAGACCCCGACGCUCCAACGAGAAUUGAUCCACGCCUACUCAGCAGCGAUCUAGACAUCGAAUUCCUAGCGCGGCAUGUGCGGGAUCUACGAAGGCUGCUAUCUUCCCCAGCCUUUGAACCGCUCAUACAAUCUCCUCGGGAACCCGCCGAAUUGGCGAAGCUCAAGACCACACUACGCGAAUCCAUGGCCAGCACGGCACACCACGCUUGUGGCACGGCCGCCAUGCUUCCGAAAGAGUGUGGAGGUGUCGUCGACCAGGACCUCAAGGUAUACGGAACAACAAACCUCCGGAUUGUCGAUGCGAGUGUCUUCCCGCUUAUUCCACAUGCGAAUCCAAUGGCGACAGUUUAUGGCGUUGCUGAGCGCGCGGCCGACCUGAUCAAGGGUUGCUGUAGAUGA